AAGCGGCCAAGCGGGACAUGGAAGAAGGACCCGCGGACCGGACCCUGUCGCGAGAGGUCUCGACUGAGGAGGCCGAACCGCUGGGCGCCGCGUGGAGCGGGGACAGCGGCCACGUAUCGCAGAGCCACAGCAGCGCGUCGGGGCCGUGGGAGGAUGACGGCCCCGAGGACGCGCCGGGCCGCGACCUGCCGCUGCUGCGCCGCGCUGCCUUGGGCUACGCCUCCAGCUUGCUGCCCGCUACGAGUCCCCGGCCCGAGGUGGAGGCGCUGGACGCCAGCCUGGACGAGCUGCUGGCAAAGGUGGACGAGUUCGUGGGCAUGCUGGACAUGAUUCGCGGAGACUCCUCCCACGUGGUGAGCGAGGGCGUGCCGCGGAUCCACGCCAAAGCCGCCGAGAUGAGACGCAUCUACGGCAGGAUCGACAAGCUCGAGGCCUUCGUGAGGAUGGUCAGUACCAGCGUGGCCAGGAUGGAGGAGCAGGUCACCAAGGCCGAGGCCGAGCUGGGGUCUUUCCCCCGGGCCUUUCGGAGGCUGCUGCACACCAUCAGCGUUCCGGCUCUCUUUAAAUCGUCGCCCACCGGACCCCAGAGCACAGCCUACGAGCCGCCUGUGCUGUUCCGGACGGAGGACCACUUCCCUAGCUGCGGUGACAGGCCACAGCUCUGAGCCUGCGCCUCUGCCGCAGGAGGACUCCAGUGAGACUCUUGUUCCGAGCAUACAGAGAUCUUGCUGACUGGUGUAUAUGAUGUCUGGAUGUGAAAUGUUAAAGUUUAUUUUCUGCAAACGACUCGUCCUUAUUCAAUAUCAAAGAGCGUAGAUCCCCGUGUCUUUCAGUUCUGAUUCGUAAGCUGUUUGGUGGGGGCCCCGGGGAAGCCAACUGAAUUAAUUUAUCUGUGCAAUAUGGCAGAACUGUUAUUUUUAUGGCCUUUAUUACAGUUAACAGUGUUACCUUGUUAAGAUUUAUAUAUUUAUAUGAUCAAAAGUGACCAAGAAAUUAAAGCUGUGUUCUUAAAUCCUAA